AGUUCGGCUCCACCCCCGCGCGGCGGCGGCGGCGGCGGUGGCUCGCAGCUCCGUCCCAACCCGCGCGCUCCGCACAAGCCCAGCCUGGGCGAGCGGCAGGCACCUGCCCGGCGCCGCCUCCGCGCGCCCCGCCGCCGCCCAGCCCAACUUGGAUGGAGUUGUGGUCCUGAGCGCACGCCCUGCCGCCGUCAGCCUGUAGCCUCGCUCCGCUGCCUGCCUUCGGUCCGGGACCCCCUCUCCGCUUCUCUACGCUCCAGAGAUGGGAAAAGUUGGCGCUGGAGACGGCUCCUCGGCCGGGCUGAGCGCGCUCCUUGCAGGAGCGGGGCUUCUGAUGCUCUUAGCCCCCGGCGUCUGCAGCAGCCUCUCUUGCUGCCCUCCGCAGCACCCUAGCUCGACCCCACGCCGGACCCUUACCCCAAGAGGCUUUCCUCACCCGGGACCUCUGGGUCGGGCUCCUGCCACGCCCCCGCCCCUCUUCAUGAGACCCCUGUUCGCAGUGGCCCCCGGGGACCGUGCGCUGUUUCUGGAGCGAGCUGGGGGCAGCAGGGUGUCAGUGGCGACCGCUGCACGCUCUGGCCGUAGGAGACGGAGUGGAACGGAACCCGAGAAGAUUGAACCCGGAGAGGGUGCGAGUCGGAGCCGCCGGGACAUGCUAAAGGAUGGAGGGCAGCAGGGGCUUGGGACUGGCGCACGGGACCCGGACAAAGCCACCCGCUUCCGGAUGGAGGAGCUGAGACUGACCAGCACCACAUUUGCUCUGACAGGAGACUCAGCACACAACCAAGCUAUGGUCCACUGGUCUGGCCACAACAGCAGCGUGAUUCUCAUUUUGACAAAGCUCUAUGACUAUAACCUGGGGAGUAUCACCGAGAGCUCGCUUUGGAGGUCAACCGAUUAUGGGACUACCUAUGAAAAGUUGAAUGAUAAAGUGGGGUUGAAGACAAUUUUGAGCUAUCUCUAUGUGUGUCCAACCAACAAGCGUAAGAUUAUGUUACUCACAGACCCGGAGAUUGAGAGCAGUUUGUUGAUCAGCUCAGAUGAAGGGGCAACCUAUCAAAAGUACCGGCUCAACUUUUACAUUCAGAGUUUGCUUUUCCAUCCGAAGCAAGAAGACUGGAUCCUGGCAUACAGUCAAGACCAAAAGUUAUACAGCUCUGCUGAGUUUGGCCGAAGAUGGCAGCUUAUCCAGGAAUCAGUGGUACCAAAUAGGUUCUACUGGUCUGUGAUGGGGUCGAGCAAAGAACCAGACCUUGUGCAUCUCGAGGCCAGGACUGUGGAUGGUCACUCAAUAUACCUAACUUGUCGGAUGCAAAACUGCACUGAAGCCAACAGAAAUAAGCCUUUCCCAGGUUACAUCGACCCGGACUCUUUGAUUGUUCAGGACGAUUAUGUGUUUGUUCAGCUGACAUCAGGAGGAAGACCACAUUACUAUGUGUCCUACCGAAGAAGCCCGUUUGCACAAAUGAAGCUUCCGAAAUACGCUUUGCCCAAGGACAUGCACGUCAUUAGCACAGACGAGAACCAAGUGUUUGCAGCCGUUCAAGAAUGGAACCAGAACGACACCUACAACCUCUACAUCUCAGACACACGAGGAGUCUACUUCACACUGGCCUUGGAGAAUGUGCAGAGCAGCAGAGGCCCUGAAGGCAACGUCAUGAUUGACCUUUAUGAGGUAGCAGGGAUAAAGGGAAUGUUCUUGGCUAACAAGAAGAUUGACAACCAAGUGAAGACUUUCAUCACUUACAACAAAGGCAGAGACUGGCGGUUGCUGCAGGCUCCAGAUGCAGAUCUAAGGGGGGACCCUGUGCACUGUUUGCUGCCCUACUGUUCGCUACACCUUCACCUGAAGGUUUCUGAGAAUCCCUACACAUCCGGGAUCAUUGCCAGCAGAGACACAGCCCCAAGUAUUAUAGUUGCAUCAGGUAACAUAGGCUCUGAGUUGUCAGACAGUGACAUCAGCAUGUUUGUAUCUUCAGAUGCAGGGAACACUUGGAGGCAGAUUUUUGAAGAAGAGCACAGCAUUUUGUACCUUGACCAAGGUGGAGUCCUUGUUGCUAUGAAACACACAUCUCUCCCAAUUCGACACCUUUGGUUGAGUUUUGAUGAAGGGAGAUCUUGGAGCAAAUACAGCUUUACAUCCAUUCCACUCUUUGUGGAUGGAGUCCUGGGGGAGCCUGGAGAAGAGACACUAAUCAUGACAGUGUUUGGACACUUCAGUCAUCGUUCCGAAUGGCAGCUGGUCAAAGUGGACUACAAGUCCAUUUUUGAUAGACGCUGUGCUGAAGAAGACUACAGACCCUGGCAGUUGCAUAGUCAGGGGGAAGCAUGCAUCAUGGGAGCCAAGAGGAUAUACAAGAAGAGAAAGUCUGAGCGCAAGUGUAUGCAAGGAAAGUAUGCGGGAGCAAUGGAGUCUGAGCCUUGUGUUUGUACAGAGGCAGACUUUGACUGUGACUAUGGCUAUGAGAGACAUAGUAAUGGACAAUGCCUGCCAGCAUUUUGGUUCAACCCAUCCUCACUGUCAAAAGACUGCAGCUUGGGACAGAGUUACCUCAACAGCACUGGGUAUAGGAAGGUGGUCUCCAAUAAUUGUACUGAUGGAGUGAGAGAGCAGUAUACCGCCAAACCACAGAAGUGUCCAGGGAAGGCCCCUCGUGGGCUGCGGAUUGUCACUGCAGAUGGGAAACUGACAGCAGAGCAGGGCCACAAUGUCACUCUCAUGGUGCAGCUGGAAGAGGGUGAUGUGCAGCGGACACUCAUCCAAGUGGACUUCGGAGAUGGCAUUGCAGUAUCGUAUGUCAACCUCAGCUCUAUGGAAGACGGUAUCAAGCACGUAUAUCAGAAUGUGGGCAUUUUCCGAGUGACCGUGCAGGUGGACAACAGUCUGGGGUCUGACAGCGCCGUCCUGUACUUACAUGUAACUUGUCCCCUGGAGCAUGUGCACCUGUCUCUUCCUUUUGUCACAACAAAGAACAAAGAGGUCAAUGCAACUGCAGUGCUUUGGCCCAGCCAAGUGGGCACUCUCACUUACGUGUGGUGGUAUGGGAACAACACAGAGCCCCUGAUCACCUUGGAGGGAAGCAUAUCGUUCAAGUUUACUUCUGAAGGAAUGAAUACUAUCACAGUCCAAGUCUCUGCUGGGAACGCCAUACUGCAAGACACAAAGACCAUUGCGGUAUAUGAGGAAUUUCGGUCUCUUCGCUUGGCCUUUUCUCCGAACUUGGAUGACUACAACCCUGACAUCCCGGAGUGGAGGAGGGACAUCAGCCGAGUCAUCAAAAAGUCUCUGGUGGAAGCCACAGGGAUUCCCAGCCAGCAUAUCCUGGUGGCGGUGUUACCUGGCUUACCCACUGCUGCAGAGCUCUUUGUUUUGCCCUACCAAGAUGGAACCAGAGAAAACAAAAGGUCGCCUGAGGACCUGGAGCAGAUAUCUGAAGUUCUAAUCCACAAACUCAACCAAAACUUGGUGCACUUCGAGCUGAAGCCUGGCGUCCAAGUUCUUGUCCACGCAGCUCACCUGACAGCAGCUCCACUGGUGGACCUCACUCCUACCCACAGCGGAUCUGCCAUGCUGAUGUUGCUCUCUGUGGUGUUUGUGGGGCUCGCUGUAUUCGUCAUCUACAAGUUUAAAAGGAAAAUUCCCGGGAUUAAUGUUUAUGCCCAGAUGCAAAAUGAGAAAGAACAAGAGCUGAUCAAUCCAGUCAGCCACUCUGAAAGCAGGCCCAGUGUCCCUCACCCUGACCUCAGGCGGCCUGGCCAGCUUGUAGAUGAGAAGGUGGAAUCCCAGCUCCUAGGAGAGUAGCUUUACCCUCCCCUCCCUCCCCUUCUGCUCAACCUGGUGACUCAUCUCUCCGAUUGCAAAGACCAAGACCAGCAACUCCACCUUCAUCGCCAAAGCGGGGAUCUGCUGGGGCACAGUUUGCAAUUUAAGGAAAAACCCCCAAAGGCUACAGGAGACCUGCUGAUCAGAAGAGAAUUUCGCUCUUGUCAAGUGCAUCAUCCUUCAUGACCACUAACUUUGUUUUGUUUUGUUUUCUUCUUCUGUUGUUCUGUUUCUUAUUUUGCCAGGAAGUAUUUCCAUAGUUGCUGAGAAUCAAAGCACAAAAAAAAUCCCUACCUAUGUAAAUGUUUGAAUGGAGGACGCCAGUAAAACAAACAAAACAAACAAACAAAUAAAAAUAAAAACAAUCAAAAAUCCAAAAUAACAAGUAAACACUCACUGCAUCGGGACUUUUAAAUUCUUCAGACACAGACAACAAGGGUUUUUUAGCUUUAAGCCUGUGCAUGUGGAUGAUACCUUGAGAACACAUCUGGAGGGGCAGUGUACAGGUGCUCGAUUUUAAUGGAAAACACUCCCCUCCCUCUCUCUUCUCUUUUUCUGAUCAGUCAUGUUUGUAGAGAAUUCAUAACAUAUAGAGGCCAAGGAAAUCUGCAUGUAUUUUUGGAUAUAUACUUGGCUCUAGACUUAACAGCUAAUUAAGCCCUAGGGGCUGAUGGCGGAUUAGCCAUGCCCAGUCGCUUCCUAAAACACAAAGACAUGCACAGGACUCUGAAACGCUGAGCUGCUUCUCUGUGCUCCUUAGUGUCACAGUUCCUUCCCGAGUUAGUGUUCGUGGCUCCUUUGGUCAGCACUGACCACAGGCUGCUUUCUCUCCAUUCUCUGUGGCCACAGGGACAAAGAUGCUAGUUAAAGAUGCAAAUCCAUGUUUGCAGGUUCGAUAGGAACAGAAGGGAGCCUGGGAAGCAAAGUGUAUCAGAAGUAGACCUUUGUUUCCUGAUCAACUUUUCUCCUUGCAGCUUUCCCUAGUCCUACCCCAAGGAAUGUAAAAACAAAGACAAAAACAAGUGGGAAUUUUUCUCCACUACUUACUUGGCACCCUACCUUUCCAUUUGGAUGGUCAUCCACGUGUUAACAUGUUCUCUGGACAUCUUUCAGGGUUUUCUCCUCCCUGGUCUCCUUUAUCUUUUGAUGCAUCUCUCUUUUUCUGCUCAAAUGUGUUGCUAGAUUUUUGGAUAUUAAACCUUACAUUUCCUAAAACUGGACCAGCCUACACAGCCCUGCCUCCUUCUCUCACAAGUCUUUAGCUCUAUCAAUUUUGUACACUCUCAAGCAUGCCAGCUUCCCUGUGCUCUGGCCAGGCUGUGUCCUGCCCAGCUGGCUUCAGUUAUAUUUACCUUCUAUCUCCUCCCCACAAAUCUUUCUUUGCCAAAUACCUCUGGUUUUCUCACCUGGAAACAUAUACUGUGUGUAAAAGAGUUUAUACAUCCAUAGCAAUCCAAACCUGGACAUGUGCUUUGGAAAGGAAAGCAUAGAGAUGAACAGUGAUGGUUUGUGCAUUAACAAAAAUCUUAUGUGGUCCAAUUCUAGAAGAUUCUCUUGAGAAAUGUUUGGAAAGUAUGACUAUACUAGAAGGUAAUAUCUUCUGUGAUAGUUGCUGUUAUCUGAUAUUUCCACUCUAGAAUAACCAUAUUUGUAAAAUAAAACUGAUUUUUUAACCACAAGGAGAAACAGGUUAAUGGACUUAAUAUAUGAGUAUUGAAAAUCCUAUAAAAAUCAGUCUUCUCAUAUAUUUGAAUGAGAAUUUGACCAUUUAAGAUGAUAAAGAUGGACUCCAUGUGUGUCCUCUGAUCUUCAAUUAUCAUGGUAUUGAUAAAGAAAAAGUCAGUAUGAAUGGAAAGGUGGACUUACUUACAGCAAAGUAAGGCUUACAACCUUCAGGGCCGCAAAUCAAAAGAAAACCAGCUUCCCUAGAGGAAUCAUGCAAGAGGCCCACAGAAAGGAGCAGGGCUCCUGCUGAAGUUCUUCUAAUGACUGAGGUCCCUUCACUUCAGUCUACUAGAAAAAGCCCAAUCUAAAGUUGGGAUGAAAACUAUUCUGGCCAACCACUUCCAGAACCUCUCCUCCCUCUUGGCUGUGUCCCAAAGCCAACAACAGGGUAUUGUCAAGGGCCCUGGUGUAUCCCAACGAUCAGUAUGAACCCUGUCUGUGAAUGGCUGAUUCAGUGAUCAGAUGACCCUUGCUUUGUAUGGCUGAGCAAGGAGAGAGUAGGAAAGCUGGGGUCAGAGUUAAUCAAGCAGAAAGCUUUAUGGUAGAGGGUGUCCUUGUGUGAAUUUAUAUGGUCAAUUUUGCCUGGGGACAUAAUCAAUUCUCAACCUGCCAGGCUUCCUAUCUCAUAGGAAACAUCUUCAUUGAUUAUUCUCUUCAGUUGGAGUCUUCCAUAUUUAGUCUGGAAGACAAAAGUAUUUGGAAACCAAAAUAGGUCCACUCAAAUCAGCACAGGGAAUCCUCAGUGUUGCAGUUCAAUUAAUUCUAAUUAAGAAAAUCAUUAUAAAAAAUGAACAACAUUCUUGAUCUAGCACAGUGCCUUGCCUAGAAUAAUAUUGUGAAAAUGUGUUUGUCAAUAAAAGGGCAAUGAGUGAAUGAAGAGACACAGGGAAGAGGAAUCUGCAAGUCUUCAUGUAAAAUAGAGAUGGGCAUCAGAUUCCUGGCAUCCUGGACAAUACCCAGUGUGGUUAGCUGUACAUUCAUCCUCUCAGGGGUCCUCUGGUGCCUUUGCUCAAGGCUCCCUCUCACCUGUAAGUGGAGGUGGUUGGUGAGGCAAGGUACUUCUUAUCGAGGACCGCCAAGUUCCUAUACACUUUGCCAGUGGAUCUCAAAGUGUGAUGCCUAGGUCAAGACUAUCAGUGUCACCCACACUUGCUUGAAAUGCAGAUUCAAACCAGGCUAACACAGACCCUGCUCUUUUGGAAAUUUUAGGGGAUCAAUCGUGUUAUUUUUGUUUAUGAGUCAUGGCUGUUCCAACCAACCGUUUCACCAAGCCAUCCAGGUGAUGGUGAUAUCUGCUCAAGUUGGAGAACCACCAUACCAGGCCUUGUGGCCAAAUCCCAACAAGAAAGAGACAUUUAGAACCUACAAGUGGGAUGGAACCAAGUGCCUAUCUCUCACUAAUAGCAGGUGCAAACACAAUGAGAAGUUUGGUGGACUUAAGGCCAAAGGAAUGUUAGGGAGGAAUCCACAGAAGGUAAGAUUCAGGGCAAGCUACAAAUUGGAUACUGCAACCUUUCAUAAAAGUCCAGAGGGCAAACUGUGCAGGGUCUACCCUGAACUUCCCACCAACGUCUCCCCCUUGCCUUAUUCUAAUUGGAUUCUCUGUCCAAAUUGCAGUGGUUUGCUUUGCUUUUUUUUUUCCAGAAGUUUCAAACAGCAACUUUGAAAGCAAUGGGGUGCUUGGCAGAUGUUCUGUGUUUUCCAGGAUUCCAACUGAGCAUUGAAACCCCUCAUUUGCCAACUUAUUUUUAUAGGAAGCCAAUUUAAAAACAAACAAAAAAAAACAAACUGAAAGUUUUCUUAUAGUAUUGGAACUACUUCUAAUUUUAAAAUGACUUUUUGAUGUAUUUUUUUGUUGAAUACUAUGUAGUGUAAUGUAUAAUUGCUCUUGUUUAUUGCUUUUACAAUCAUAUUUAUUAAACAGAUAAUGUCUCUAAA